AUGUGGAGGCCGGGGGCGGCCGCUGCCUUGCGUGCGGCGCGGUGGGCGGCGGCGGCGGCGGCGGCGCGGCGGAGGAGCGGUGGCCCCGGGGACGGCCCGAGGGCGGGGGCAGCCGCUGCUGUCCGCGGCCGGGCGGUGAGUGCGAGCGGGAGGGAGCGGUCUGCGCCCAGGGCGGGAGGGGGCGAGCCGGCGGCGCCGGGGCGGGUGGGGUGCUGCCGGUCCCGGGGCGGGGAGGGCGCGGCGUCGGGCUGGGCGCUUCCUCAGCCCCUGCGGUCACCACCGCGAGGGGCCGGCCGAGGCCUCGCCGGGCCCGCCCCUCCGCUAGGCCGGGGCUGCCGGCAGCCUCCGACGGCACCGAGUGCGGCCGCGUCGGGAGUGCGAACAGCGGUGAAAGCCGCGGCCUCGUGGCCUGACGCUGCGGGCCGGCGUGGCGCCGUGCCUUUUGACCCCGGCAGUGUCGAAAACGCGGAGGUGUCGCAGCAAUUACAAUAUGCUUCAGAGGUGAGGAGCAGUACUGUUCACUUCAUGAAUUUAAGAAGUACAGGAACUCUGAAUGACAAAAGCUCUUUAGAUGAGACCACUUAUGAAAAACUGGCUGAAGAAACACUGGAAUCCUUGGCAGAUUUCUUUGAGGACCUCACAGAUAAGCCUUUUACCCCAGAAGAUUAUGAUGUCUCUUUAGGGAGUGGAGUUUUAACAGUUAAAUUAGGUGGAGACAUGGGAACAUAUGUAAUCAAUAAGCAAACACCUAACCGGCAGAUUUGGCUGUCCUCUCCCACAAGUGGGCCCAAGCGCUAUGACUGGACUGGACGGAGUUGGGUAUAUUCUCAUGAUAGAGUGUCCCUUCAUGAACUACUAUCAAAAGAAUUUUCAGCAGCACUAAAAACUAAAUUGGAUUUAUCCUGCUUAAUAUAUUCUGGGAAAGAAGAUGCCUGAUGAUGUGCUACCUCAUGCAAGUUUAAAGACUUUAACCACCAGCGCUUCCGUGGUUUCUGAGUACCUGAGCUUAUUUCUGUUGGUUUUUUCUUGACACCACUAUGUGCAAGAACAUGAAGAUAAUAUAUUUUUUUCUCUAGUAUUCAGUCUUUGAGUUUCUAUGAUGCAGCUUGAAUGUGUAUCCAUGCAGUACAGGUAGAUUAGAUGUCCAUUCAUUGCCAUCACUGCAUUUUCUACUUUCUUACUGUUGAAAUCAACUGCGGUCCUGUUUGGAUGUAAGGGCUGGCGUCGGGUGACCUCUGCCCAGUGCACAGAAGCCAUAUUUUUUGGUGAGAUAUUAACCCUAAACAAGAAAUGUCUGUGAAUCACAAUGAUGUAAGUUACUGUACUGUGAUGCAUGGUAUUAAAAUUUGCAGCUAUUGAUAAGGUUUUAGUGUUAGUGCAAGUAAAUAAUGCAGGGGAGCCAAACUGAACAUGUCGUACAGGAAAUGACUGUGGCAGAGGAGAACUUUUAGUUUUGCAAGAUGGAUGUAAUUUUUCUCUCAGUAUUGCAGAACUUGCUCACUUCUCCAAGUUCUAUAUUCUUUGACGUCGGGAUAUUUUUCUGAACAAAAUUACCUACAGGUCUGUGUGUUUGUAAGCAUCGUGUGACUCAAAAAGGCUGGUGUGCAGUGUUCAAGCUGUGCAGCAAACUCUGCCAAUACUUUAUUCUCUUCCUGUGAUUUUUUUUUUUCUUCCUGUUUCUACUCUUUGUAGAGCAGAAAGAUGUAAUUUAUUGCCUGUAUGUUAGUUGGUAAAUGGAGAUUGUGUCGUGCUAGCAAAAAUUUGCACUGCUGCAUUUCUUAAGUGGGUUUAGAUUUUCACCACGAUGCAACAUGGAAGCAAUUAAAAGCUUUUACACAUUUUGAACCUCGAGAAUGCUUUAACACUUGCAGUGUUGCAUUAUUGCCACUGACUGCUUUUAAUUGCCUUUAAAAUGGAAGCACAGUUGUUGACUAAUUACUGUGAUAACAUAAAAUAUUUUUUCACUGUAUUAUAAGUAUAUGGUGUGAGAUUUUUCAAUGCAAGUUACUUUUCUUGCUCAUUCUGACACUUCUGAUUAGCUUGUCUGGAUGCUUUUGGCUAGCUAGAAUUUUACACAUGCGGAUAAUUUCAGAUAGCAUCAUUGCCCUGUACUUGCAUUUGAAGUGUAUGUUGUUCCAACUAUUUCUCACCAUGAAUUAAAUAGAAAGAACCAUUUCCUUGGAACACGAUCAUGAUUGAGUCUGCAGACUGUGAUCAUGUGAACUGUGCAAACUGUUACACAAACUUUGGUUUUUUAAUCAAAAUAAGAAAGGCCAGUAUUAUCUGAAAUAAAAGCUGCAGAAUGAUUCGUAA